AUGUAUGGUCUGAAGCCUCACACUUGUCGGCGACCGGCCGAGCUAAGGCUGGAGUUUUCUUUACAAGUAUGUGGCUGUUCCAGACAAACUCGCUCCUGAUUCUUUCAGCUGCGUUCCUUAUGUUACAUCGCGUGGAAGGUGGUAGAAUUACUGCAAUGGGAUGCUUCAAAGACGUGAGAAAUAACAGGGCUUUGCCAGAAUUACUCCAUAGUUACAGAGGAGAUGAAUUAAACUGGGGAGAUUUGGGUGGUACUGUCAUUGAAAAGUGCCAAGAACUGGCCGAGAAAAAGAAAUACAAAUGCUUCGGAAUUCAGUUCUACGGCGAAUGUUGGUCUGGCAACGAUGCGUGCAAUAACUUCGAGAUCCAUGGAACGGCAGACAACUGCUUGUGCUCGGGGAACGGUUAUAAACCUUACGAUCCCAAGAGGGGAUACGACUGCGUUGAACCAGUGGGCGGAAAGCUUUCUAACUUCGUUUACGAAAUAGAGGGGUAAUAAAGAAAAAAGCCAGCCAAGUUAAAUAAAUUCGGCCGUACAGGAUAAGAAGCUUUCAUAUUCCUUCGAGUGCAGUACACUGUCUUUGCAAAACAAGAUCUCUUAUAGACCAGACAAGAAUUUGAAAAAAAGAUUUCGUUGUAGCUGAUCAUGAGUGAUGUAAUGUAAUAAAAAGCUUUCAUUUCAA